AUGCCAGGUGACGGUAUCCGGGCCGUGUUUGAGGUCCCGAGGUCCCGUGAGUCUGACGAAUGCGCACCCAGACACAACAAGCUUAAGGUGCGCAAAGAUGGCUGUACUUGGACGUCCACUUCGUCGCUUCACCACCUUGGUUCUUUUUCUCUGCCUCUUCACGGGCAGUACAUCCUGGAGGAGGAGGCGCGGGGGGUGUACCUGUUCUUGGAACAGUUGGGGACCGUGGAGCUCGUGUUCCGAGCCAUGUGGAAAUGCAGGCACGAGGACCCGAACCCGCGGCGGCUCGUGCUGCAGUACUGCGGGUACAGAGACUGUGGGGUGUAACCGGUUCUGCUACAACAGCGGGACUCCGUACGGUAGCGGCUGCCUCUGUACCUCUCAGUACCAGGGGCGGUGCUGUGAUGUCGACAAACCGGG